CAAAACGAUGGGCAAUUUUUUCCAGCGCAACAUGAAGCCUGAACAAUGGAUCAUGGGGUCCGUGUUCACGGCGAUGGGGUUGGCGACGAUGCUCUUUCCGGGUUUGGUGUACGAAUAUGGCUUUGAAAAAGAGUUCGUGUCGAACGCCUCGCCAUCGGCUGCGCUGCUCUUGAUGACGCAGUGCUUCGGGUCACAGGCUGCCCUGGGAGGACUCACGAUCUUGUCCACGCGGUGGAACAGCACCUCGUACCGCAACUUUGGUAUCUUUAUGAUUCCUUACUUUGUCUUUGACGUGUACGUGCGGUCGAUUGGUGCCAUCACGACCCUCGGAGCUGUCGGCGACGGAAUUGGCAACAUCGUGUUUUCCUUGUGCUGCUACGUUGGGUACACCAACUGCAAGAAGGCUGAAAGCAAGCCUCUCCUCGACAACAAGGACUAGGAAGAAACUGGAGUCCCGAUGCAGGACGUGGAUGAUUACAGUAACAUUAUUAAUAUACUCCAUUG